AUGGGUAGUCUCUCGGACUCAAUUGCGCCCGGCGCGGCCGCCGUCGCGCGGCAGCCGGAGCGCCGGAUCCUCUUCCUCGACGCCUAUGACUCCUUCACCAACAACAUCGUCUCGCUGCUCAAGGACGCCCUCGGCGCGCUCGUCAAGGUCCACGUCCUGCACAUGGACCUGCGCACCCUCGACUCGGACCCGUCGCCUCCCUGGACCCGCGAUGAGUUCCUCGCGCGCCUCGCCUGCUUCGAUGCCGUCGUCUGCGGACCCGGCCCGGGCUCACCACUGCGCGAUGCUGAUGUCGGCGCCUUCAAGCUGCUGUGGGACUUGCCGCGCGCGCGUGCGAUCCCCGUGCUGGGGAUUUGUCUCGGCUUCCAAAGUCUGGUUGAGCACUUUGGGGGACGCAUUCGCAGGCUGAGGCGCGGCUUGCAUGGCAUGGUGCGUGAGAUCGAUCACGUUAGAGACCCGCCUGCGGAUAUCUUUGACGGCGUGCCGCGGUUUAAGGCGACGCUGUAUCACAGCCUGUGCGCAGACGUUGGCCAGGACGACGUGGCUGAGGAGCAGUGGCGCGAGGAGAGAUGGACGUCGCCCGCCGACACGCCGGACCUGCUGCCCCUGGCAUGGACGCUGGAACCGAGCGACGAAGAGGGGGUUCCUGACGAGCGCAUCCUCAUGGCGGUGCGGCAUGCCAGUCGUCCUCUCUGGGGUGUCCAGUAUCACCCCGAGUCGGUAUGCACCGACGCUGCCGCUCACGGCGUCAUCAAGAACUGGUUCCACCAGGCUCUCAAGUGGAACGAAGCUACGCGGCGCGAAGUUGAUCGCUCCGUCGACUUUGCCGACAGCCUUGAUCCUUCCAACCACAAGCUGCCUGGGCGCGAUCUCACGGGCGAUGUCGAGCAGUGCAGGUGGUGGAAGGACAUGCAGACUGGUCUGGCAACCCGAGGUGUCAGACCGCGCUACUCGUGCAGGACCAUCAAGCUGCCAGACGGGGUUGACACGGCAGAGGUGGCCGAGGUUCUUGGCCUAGGCGGUACCGAUACUAUCAUCCUGGACUCGUCAAGCACCAUCAGCGGAGACCCGCUGGCACGAAACUCGAUUCUGGCUUUGGACGUCGAGCACGCGCUGCGGCUCGAGUACCGGGUCGGUGACGGACAUGUCCUGCUGCGACAGCCUGCAACCGCACUUCGUGGCGAGGAGACUCAAAAGAUUCGCUUGAGCGACGGACAGCAUGACCCUUGGACGCCCUGGCAGGUCAUGUCUGAGUAUUGGCGCCUGCGAAGGACGCCCGAGGACGACGAACCGUCGUCGACCUUCAAGGGCGGCUUCAUGGGCUUCGUCACAUACGAGAUGGGUCUGAGCACCCUCAGCCCCGGACUGGUAUCAACGGAUCGCGGCCAUGACCGACCUGAUAUCUGCAUGGCGUGGGUGUCCAAGAGCAUCGUGCUGGACCACCAAGCCGGGCUAGCCCACAUCCAGUGCCUUACCACCCCUGAAACUAACGACACGUGGAUCGGCGAUGUUGUCGAUACCCUCCAGAACUCGGAGGCAUGGCUGAACCCAGGAUACACGAGCAGCCCGCCGAAGCCGCGGCAGCCCAACGAGGAGCUCCUUCAGCAGGUUCGCGAGGGCAAGGGAAAGCUGCGCUUCAGCAUCCCCAAUUCAAGUCGGUACGACAACGACGUGAGCAAGUGUCAGGACGCUAUCCGCGAUGGCGAGUCAUACGAGCUGUGCCUCACAGCGCAGACGACCAUGACGCGCCCCUCUGGCAACGACACGCCGCACCACCUACGACACGGCGCCGACGUCAAAUCCGCAGCGCAGCACGGCACGCCGUGGCAAAUCUUCCGCACCCUGCGCGCGCGCCAGCCCGCGCCAUUUGGCUCCUUCAUCCGCCUCGGGGCCGCGACGCUCAUCUCCUCAUCGCCGGAGCGCUUCCUGUCGCACGACGCGCGCGGACUGUGCUCGAUGCGGCCCAUGAAGGGCACCGUGCGCAAGUCGGCCGAGGUAUCGACGCUCACCGCCGCCGAGAAGAUCCUGCACGUGCCCAAGGAGGAGGCUGAGAACCUCAUGAUCGUGGACCUCGUGCGCCACGACCUCUACGGCGUGUGCGGCGCCGGCAGCGUGUCCGUCCCGGACCUGCUGCGCGUAGAGGAGUACGCGACCGUCUUCCAGAUGAUCACCGUUGUCAAUGGACAGCUGCCGGCCCCGGCCGCGAGCCCGCGCCGCGCAGACACUGCCAACGCGACCACCACUACGGGGCUGGAUGUGCUGGCCGCGGCACUGCCGCCGGGGAGCAUGACCGGCGCGCCCAAGAAGCGCAGCUGCGAGAUCCUGCGGGGCAUCGAGCCCGGCGAGCGGAGCGUCUACGCCGGCGUCGUGGGAUACCUGGGUGCCAACGGGCAGGGCGACUGGAGCGUCACGAUCCGCACCAUGUUCCGCUGGGACGACGAGCGUGACGAGCACGCCGGCACGGAGGUGUGGCGCAUCGGCGCGGGUGGCGCGGUGACGACGCUGAGCACGCCCGAGGGCGAGACGGACGAGAUGUUCACCAAGUUGUGUGGACCGCUGGGCGUCUUCAAAGACGUGGCGUAA